AUGGACCCUCUUGAGACCCCGAUCGUUACAGCUGCCAAGCUAAAUGCGUGCAAGUUCUUUCUAACUUACGCACGCACCGAAGACAAUGUCGCGUUCGAUGGGGACGGCCUCGCUGACUUCCUCUUUGGAAAACCGUAUGCGACCUAUGUCAGGCUUAACCGGGAGUACCACGCAGACGAUGGGCUCCACUGGCAUGCCAUUGUCACUUUCUCUCGUCGGUACCAGGGAACCGUCGCCACAUGUUUCGACUACCUGGGACAACACCCAAAUAUCCGAGUUAUCCGAAGCAGAAAGCACGAGUUCUUCUGCAUCGACUAUGUCGUCAAAGACGGGUCAGAACACCUUGCCGAGCGAGGAAUUGUUCCAUCGCCCGACAUUGAAGAGGAGAAACGCGAUCCUUGGGCAGAGGCGUUGCAGUGCUCAACAUGCGUCGGGGACUUCAUGUCAGCAAUCGAGUCAAGUGCCCCCAGAGACUUCGUUCUUCGAUACUUCGACCUUCUCGCGUUCGCCAACGAACGCUUCAAUGCCCCGUCGAGCUACGUCCCCGAGUUCCCCCGAGACAGCUUCACUGUCCCGGCAGCAGCUGACGAGUGGGUUAAUAAUGUUUUUCUUAUUUUUCAGGUUAGACCGUCUAGACCAAAGACCCUCAUGGUCGUCGGCCCAACGCGGCUGGGCAAGACCGAGUGGGCGCGGUCGCUGGGCAGGCACAUAUACAUGUGCGGGCUCUUCUACUUGGGGGCGUGGGACAACGAAGCCGAGUACCUGGUCAUCGACGACAUCUCGUUCGAGAGGUUCGGCGAGUCGCGGAAAGCCUUAUGGGGGUCGCAAAAAGAGUUAACACUUAGUGAUAAAUUUGCGCGUAAACGGGUAGUCAAAUGGGGGAAACCAAUGAUAGUGUUAUGUAAUCCUGGAGAUGAUUUUAGGUAUCUGCAGGAUAAACGGGGUAAUCCCAUACUUAGAGUAGGGGAAUUAAACUGGUAUAACGAUAACACAGAAGUGGUUGAAGUCCAUAAUAAA